ACUCUUGUUUCGCUCCUUGACAACCCUGGCUGGGGUGAGCAGGCUGCGGCCCCGGCUCUGGCCCCCGCGGGAGCAGCACCCCUUGGGGAAAGACAUUUUCUUCUCCCACCAAGUUGGCAGGGCCUGCUUCCUGACUCCUGGGUGUGUCUUAAUUGCCAGUCCCAGCAUCUCCUGAAAGCCCCACUCUCUCCUCCAGUGGUCACAGUGGAAGGAUCAUGGGAGAAACAGAAGGGAAGAAAGAUGAGGCUGAUUAUAAGCGACUGCAGACCUUCCCUCUGGUCAGGCACUCGGACAUGCCAGAGGAGAUGCGAGUGGAGACCAUGGAGCUAUGUGUCACAGCCUGUGAAAAAUUCUCCAACAACAACGAGAGUGCCGCCAAGAUGAUCAAAGAGACCAUGGACAAGAAGUUCGGCUCCUCCUGGCACGUGGUGAUCGGCGAGGGCUUUGGGUUUGAGAUCACACAUGAGGUGAAGAACCUCCUCUACCUGUACUUUGGGGGGACCCUGGCUGUUUGUGUCUGGAAGUGCUCCUGACACUCUGUCCCCUGCCCCUGCCCCCCAUCCUGUGCAGGGCCUGUUCCUGCCACUCACGUGGGGUGGGAAGCAGCCCCAGGCAGGUCCUGGUUUUUCCCAGGAGAGUUUGGGGUCUUUUCUUUUUGUCCUUGUCUGCCAGUUUCCUGAGCCAUGCCCAGUGUGUGAACUUGUUGACAUCUCUGUUCCUAGGCUCUCUGUCAUCUCACUCUGAGUCCCAGGGUGUUGGUGGGGCAGCAGGCAGCCGUCUCUCCGUAGGGGUGGGUAGGGAAGGGUGACAGGGUAGAGGAGGUGGGGAGAUGGGAUUUUUCUCAUAAGGACGUGCCAGUCCUACCUUUCUCGAGGGCUGCUCUCCCCUCACAUCCCAGGAGCCCCACUGCCCUUCUGUCCCCAGCACUGCUGGGAUGUGUCCGCUGUCCUUGUCAUUAGUGGCCACAUGAAAAUGUGAAGGAGCCUCUCCUCUCAAGGGACACAGGCAGCUUCUCUCCUUGUCUUCUGGGGAAUUACUGAUACUCCCUGCUCCAAGUCCCUUCCCCCAACUCGACCCAGGCUGAAAA